AUGGCCGAACAAAUAACCCAUAAAAGGCCGAUUAAGAUCCAAUUCGACAGACCGCAGCGCAAACUUCUGCAAGAUUACUAUCAUUUGAAAGCCGACGGUUCUAACCAUCCAAAAGACGCUGAAAGUGAUCCAGAAAAGGCUAAUAAUGUAUUCGUAGAUCGAACAUCGUCGAAAAACUCAUUGAAAGUCGAUCGAACCGAGCCAGCAACAAGUUCCAGCGAUGACUUGUUGAAGAACGGUAUCAAAGGGACGGCGCUCAAGGAUCUGGUACAUGUGCAUAACACUUUACUCAGCAAAGAGACCGCGACAAACAGUACCAUAAAAAACACCAUCUACGAUAAUUACUAUGACCUUCUCAAAGUGAAUGAGCUCCUUAAAGAAGUGGCUCAAGAGGCUCCGGAACAUGCAGAUCUGCUGAAGAAAGCGUUGGCCGUCUUGAGGGGGGAUUUAGAAGAGUAA